GUGUGCUGUACCUGAUUGUUGAGCUGGCAUGCAGCACAGACUUAACUUCUCAGGAGAGACUCCUUUGUAGCUGUACGCUACAUACCUGCAUGGUAGAAUAACGUCGGUGCAGCGCAAGUCGAGGCAGACACCGCUCAUUUUCCUGGGAAGUUUUCCAUAACUUGCCUUCCUUCAAAACUCACUGGAAGUUUCCACUUGGAUCUGGAGCUCCAUUCCUUCUCUGUGGCGCUUUACGUGUCAGAAAGUGACAUUUGGAAAGGAUUAUUGUGAUUCUGUCUAGUCAGCGGGUGGUAUAAAGUGACGGCCAUUGCAAAAAGUUACUUUAACACCAGAGAAGGUCAACUCUCCUUGGUUUCAGCAACAAGGAAGGAUUUAAAUGGAGUGGAAAUCUGAACCAGGAAAUUGGUGGAACGGGUUCUGAAUCCUGACCCCUGCAGCUUCUUUGGGUAUUUGCAAAACUUUGUGAUCAGCCACUAAUGCAGUCAUGUAAGGGCCUUCCAUCCUCACAUAUUUGAUUUCAACUCUGACCCCCCCUCCCUCCCUUCCACUUCACCUUGGUGACCUUACCCAGUCCGGACAAUGAGCCAGGAGGUGAUGGGACAGGGGGCAGAUGUCGAAACCCCAAACCUGUGCUACACCUGUGGCCAGAGACACCUUCUGGAUGAGAACCAUGAGUACCACUAUGAGGAGGAGGUGGAUGAUGACCUGGUCUGCCAUAUUUGCCUUCAGCCACUGUGUGUGCCCUUGGACACACCCUGUGGACACACCUUCUGCACAGAGUGUUUGACCAGCUUCUUGCUGGAGAAGGACUUCUGCCCUGUAGACCGGCAACCUCUACUGCUGCAGGCCUGUCACAAGUCUAGCCUGCUGGUUUACAAGCUCCUGGACAAGCUGGUGGUGGCCUGUCCCUUCCCAGAACACUGCAAGGAGACCAUGGCCAGGAGCGAGCUCGAGGCCCACCUCAAGCACAGAUGUAAGGGAGCAUCGCACUAUGGGCUCUCAACAGACCGGAAGCGGCGCUCACAGGAAGGUGACUGCACGGACAGCACAUCCGAGCUCACUGUGGCUACACUGCCAUCUGAGGUCAUCCCCUCUGCUUCUGCAGCCGUGGCUCUGCUCUCUGACGACCCGGGCCUGGUCAACCCAGCCUUCGACCCAAAUAUCGAGGAUAACAGCCAGUUGGGGAGCACCACGAACCUGGCCACCCACAGCAGCACCAAGAAAUCUCGAAAUUUCGAGCGCACUUCUGUCAGGAGCCGCUCGUUCCGACGGCUGAACCGUGCAUUCAGUGUCCUCCGGCGGACCAAGAGUGGAACGGCAGUGUCCAAUGAGAGUGUAGAGGAGCGGGACAACACACGCAAUGCCAGCAUGCCCCAGGAAGUGCUGCCCCAGCUUCACCAUCUGAUCCCCGACGGAGAGGUCACCAGCAUCAAGAUCAACAGGCCGGAUCCCUCAGAGCCGCUGGCCAUCAGCAUCGUGGGGGGCAACGAGACUCCACUGGUUCGCAUCCUCAUCCAGGACAUCUACCGGGAGGGCGUCAUUGCCAAGGACGGCCGGCUGCUCCCAGGGGACACCAUCCUCAAGGUGAACGGCAUCGACAUCAGCAACGUGCCACAUUGCUACGCCCUGGCCAUGCUGCGUCAGCCAGGGCCACUGCUGCGCCUCACUGUGCUGCGCGAGCAGCGCCACCGCUACCGCAACAGCCCGCCGCCCCCCGAGAGCCCGCUGGGCCACGGCGACAGCCUGCAGGUGUCACUGUGCAAGAGCUGCCCCAGUGAGCAACUGGGCAUCAAGCUGGUGCGUCGGCCGGAAGCGCAUGGUGUCUACAUCCUGCACUUGCUGGAGGGCGGACUGGCAGCGCGUGACGGGCGGCUGCGCGAGCAUGACCGUAUCCUCGCCAUCAAUGGGCGUGACCUGCGCUACGGUGCCCCCGAGCAGGCCGCCAUGCUCAUACAGGCGAGCGAGGAGCAAGUCCACUUCAUCGUGUCCCGGCAGACGAGUUUGCCGACCCCAGAUAUCCUGCAGGAGGCCCCGUGGAGCAUGGAUGGACCCCCACCCUACUCGCCUGUGGAUGGAGAACCUGUCCUUUUGGAGUGUCAGAAGCCAGCAUGCUAUGAGAAGACAGUGACCCUGUCCAAGGAACCACAUGACUCUCUGGGCAUGACCGUGGCAGGGGGCAUGUCGAGCCGUGGGUGGGACCUGCCCAUCUACGUCACCAACGUGGAUCAGGACGGUGUAGUGGGGCAGGAGGGGUCGAUCCGCAAAGGCGAUAUCCUGCUUAAUGUCAACGGCAUGGACCUGACAGGAGUCACACGGUCCGAGGCUGUGGCUAACCUGAAGAACACCUCAUCCCCCGUAGUGCUGCGGGUGCUGGAGAUGCGUCCCCCCAAGGAGGUGCCCGUCCCGGGCCUUGGGGGCAGCCCCGGGCCACCCCCGCUCCCAAAUGAUGACUACUCCCCGUUGUGGGUCUCCUGGUUACAGCUGCCUAGGAACCUGUACUGCUGCAAAGACAUUGUCCUGCGCAGAAGCACCUCUGGGAGUCUGGGCUUUAGCAUCGUGGGAGGUCAUGACGAGGUCAACUGCAACCAGUCAUUCUUUAUCAGGUCCAUCGUGGAGGGGACCCCUGCUUAUAAUGAUGGCAGGAUACGGUGUGGCGACAUCCUGCUGGAGGUGAAUGGGAAGAGCACAUGGGGUAUGACCCACGCGGCGCUGGUGCGCCUUCUCAAGGAGCUCCGGGGCCGGAUUACACUGACUAUCGUGACCUGGCCAGGAAGCCUCCUGUAAGAAGAGGCAGGACAGGGGGCAGAGCUAGUGAGCCAGGCAUCCUGACAGUCAGCCAAUAAUCUUGCUUGGAGUUCACAAGAGCCACGCCACCCACAAGAUUCACUUUGUCCAACUGGAGCUGCACUGGAUUCAGUGGCCCCACCCUCUCAGGACAGAGGGAGGGGGAGGGCGAUUAAUCACAGGGACAAGACACGCAUUGCCAACUACGCUAAUUAUUCAUUACUCAUAUUUUAGAAUAUGCAGUGGACUGGACUUGUCAGUUUCCCAUGUCCGUGUCUGAACGUACAGAUCUGUCAAUGGCCUUGGAAUUACGACAUAGACGUCCGACGCUUCGUCUAGUAGAUGCGUGCUGAAGUCCAUUUCUGAUGCGGUUACAUCUUCGAAUCGCCGUGACGACCACGAGAACAAGACAAUGACAUAAUUGUAUUUAUGACUCAUUGCAGACCACGUGAUGUCUAAGGAGGCCUUACUAAUUUUCAUACUGCAGGGGGAGGGAAUGAGGUCACCAGUGCUGUUUGUGUUGCCCGUGGACGUGCCAGCUGUCAAGGAGUGUCUCCUUCCAGUCAUUUUACAUUCUCAAGCCAGUGUAAUAUAUCUGAUGGUAUCUUUGGUAAAAUAAUCAAUAAAUCUGUUUAAAAGGAGA